AUGGCAACUUUCAUUGCCUGCCUGGGGCAAGCGCUUUCCCCGGACGGUUCAAUCCCGAUCGCAUUGGCCAACCGCGUCGCUCUGGCUGCUGAACUACACCGCACGCAUGGGGGUGCACCCAUCGUCCUCAGCGGCGCUGAUGUCAGCGGGGUUGGCAUGUCUGAAGCACAGGCAAUGCGAAACAUCCUUCUGGCAGCGCCACAUAAUGUCAACCCAGAGAACCUACUUCUGGACGAGUCCGCUCGGAACACGAUCGAAAACGCCCGCAACACGCUGGCAAUCAUGAGGAAGCACGCACCUGGACAGGAGCUUAAGUUGCACCUUGUGACUUCCGAGUUCCACUGUCCCCGGUCUGAGUACAUCUUUCAGAACGUGCUCGAUGCUGAGGGGGCAGCGGAUGUCGCAAUCAACGCAUCUCCUGCUCCCAGUGGCUUGCAUGAUGACAUCUCAGACAACCCCAAGAAGCCGAUGGUGACCGACUUCAAGGUUGACAAGAUCAUGAAGGAUAUCAACGACUGGGGUAUCUUCCUGCGGCUCUGUCACGAGCAUACCCUCAUGGAGGUCAAGAUGCGAAGAUGGCUUGCAGACUAUGGAAUCGCCAAGCAGGAUCCGAAGCAUUACGACCGCGCGGUCGCACAGAUCCUCGCAAUGGUUGAAGAGGCCCGACAAGGCAGGUUCUCAGCAGCUGAACCAAAAAGCCGCUGA